AAACACCCUGAAACCCAGAAAAAGAAAAAAAAAACAAAUCCCAUCCCUCCCCUCUCCCUUAUCCCCUCCGGCCUCUCCCUCACGUUCUCCGUCGCCGUCCCGAUCCACUCACCGCCCGGCGCACCACCCCUCGGCGGCGGAUGGCGAGGUCGGCGGCGCGGAGCGCGGGGGACGGUGGGAGCUCCUCCCUUCUCCUUCCACGGACGGCGCUCCUCCUACGUCGCGGCUUCCUCUCUCCUCUCCUCACAUCAUGGCGGCGGUCAAGAGGCCGGGGACGCGGCGGCGGAGGAGGCCGAGACGGGGGUGGAGCCACCGAUUCCCCGCGCCCCGACGAGCUCGGCGGAGUGGCGCGGAGCUCGCCGGCGUGGAGCGGGAUGGCACGGAGCUCGGCCAGCUCGAUCUCAUGCAGCCUCCUCUCGCCAGCCACUUCCGUCGCCAUCCCUCUGCGGCGGUGGCGGUGGCGGUGGCGGUGGCGGUGGCGGCGAGGCGAUUGAACCCGAGCGAAUCGUCAGCAGCAGAUCGAGGCGCCGUGCCUGGGUCUCGUCAGAUUUCCAGCCCAGCAAGGCAAGGCCCAAGGACCUAAACUGUUGGGCUGUUGGGCUCGAUCAAGUCAGUAUAUGUCCAGGGAUGCGGCGGCCCGACCACGCUGCUUCACGUCGGGCCCACCUGUCCGUCCCUUCUUCGGCUUGAAAACUCCCCGCAUCCGCGCGCUCAACGUCCUCCUCCUCUGUUCUCUCCUCUUCUCUCUCGCUGCGCCAAGGAUCAAGAAAUCCCUUGCCAGUCGCCGCCGUCCGUCUCCUCCUCCUCAACACCACCACACCUUCGGAGCCGCAGCUCAUCGGCGGCUACCUCCUCUUCUUGGGUGUCAUGCCCCUGCCGGCGACUCCCGCCUACGGCGCCGUCCAUCUACCGCGCCACACCGGUGUCUCCAUGGACACCAGCGCUGAGGCCAUCUUCGUCGGACCAUCACCGCCUGUUACGGCUGACAUCGAGGAGUCCUUAAGUGAUUACACAAGUAUGAUGGAGGGUUGGACUAAAGAGCAUGUAUUGGCAGCACGUGGUCUUCGUAAUAAGGUUGCGCCUAUUCGUGUUGAGGCCAUGCGCCUAGGGAUUGCUGCUGACAGUGCUGGAAUCACAUGUUUUUUGGAUGCUUUUGAUGAGUGUAUGAAGCGAGUUGAUCUGCAUCUAGUUACUCAGAAGAACUCAUUUCAAGAAUUUCUUGGUAGUCCACUACAGCAAACAGUUCCAGACACUUGUGCGAUUGUCUCUUCCACCAAGUGCGUAGAGGUACAGCAUAGAAGGGAGUACGAGACUAUGCACGGGACUGGCUCCUUCCCCUGCAACGCCGCGGCCCCCCGCAAGCUGCGUAGGGCCUGCUUCUGCCAGAAGGUGUGGAAGCCGAAAGAAGGAGCUCGAGUGGGAGAUGUGAUUGAUAUGAUACAGAGGUUAGGUGGAGCGAGGACGACAAGCGCACCAGCUCCAGCGCCAUAUAUGCUGCCAGUGCGCUCGUGGCAGCGGCACCGGUGGGACGUUGGUGGUGGCCUGACUGCGGACCGCAUCGCCGAGCUUCUUGACACACGCGGGCCUUUCAUUGGAACCAUAUGGGUAUGCCCAUGGUAUGAUUUGUUCAACUCGGUUGAAGAUGAAGAUCUGGUUUACAGGUCAGGCUGUGCACGGAGCAAGAUGCUUCAGAGGUUGAGCAAGUUCUGUUUUGGAAAGGAUCUCGUCGGCCUUCAUUCAGUGUUGUGCUUUGAAUACCGCAUCUGCGACGGACAACUCCACAUACACAUCUUGGAUAACCACGAGACCACUGGACCGCAGCGAUGGAUUCAUCACUCCGAGUUGGAGGAGGUGCAUACCAUCACUGUGGAGCGGAUCAAUCAUCUUGGUGACCGCCACAUCAGGUAUCCACACAGCGGAGUGUCUUGACUUGGAGUGUCUUUGUUCGUUUUCGUUUUCGUUCUCACUCGAAAACGAAAAACAACAAAACUCACGCCCUCUUGUGUUGCGCCUUGUAUUUGUUACUGAUUCUUCCUUUUGUUAAUGUUCUUGUAUAUAUACUCCGUAUAUCAACUUCCUUGUAACCAUAUCACUACAUUUGUCAUCUCCUCGAGAAAAAAAAUAUUCUAGACUAUGACCACCAGUCA